UUCUGGGUCCUCCCUGUGCAGCCCGUGCGGGGCCGUCUCGGAGACCCCGCGCCGACGGCUGCUCAAACAUCAGGCUGGCCCCCAAAAGGACACUCCCCAAGUCCCCUGCUGGGGGCCCCGUGUAGACCUGGAGCGGACACCCCCUCCUUCCCUUCAUGAUUCGUUUGUAGCACAGUGGCGAUGGAUGAUGAGGAUGGGAGAUGCUUACUAGACGUGAUUUGUGACCCUCAGGCCCUCAAUGACUUCUUACAUGGAUCCGAGAAGCUCGACGGUGACGACCUCCUGGAUAAUCCUGGGGAGGCCCAAAGUGCCUUCUAUGAAGGUCCUGGGCUCCACGUGCAAGAAGCUUCUGGCAACCACUUGAACCCGGAGCCUAGCCAGCCAGCCCCCAGCGUGGACCUAGACUUCCUGGAGGAUGACAUCCUGGGCUCGCCCUCCGCAGGGGGCGGCGGCGACCUACUGGGACUACAGGCCCCGCCCACCGUGCUGACCCACCAGGCCCUGGUGCCGCCCCAGGAUGUGGUCAACAAAGCCCUGAGCGUCCAGCCCUUCCUGCAGCCCGUGGGCCUGGGCAACGUGACCUUGCAGCCCAUCGGUGUGCAGAAGGCAACCGAUCAGUGA